GGUCGCCCAGCAGGGCUGAGCUGGACCAAUGAGGCGGAACAGGGGGCUGGUUUGCCUGUUCUCACGCCCUGCACUCAGACCCAGCCCGAGAAAACUUUCGUUGCUCUGAGGGAGAGAGAGACAGAGGAGCGAACAUGGCAGCGCGUUGGUGGCUGUGGUGUGUCUCCGCAAACAUGGCGGUGGCGCUGCUGCUCAGUUACGGGGUUCCCUCAGCCUCUGCCCAAAGAAAGAAGGAGAUGGUGUUAUCAGAAAAGGUUAGUCAACUAAUGGAAUGGACCAAUAAAAGACCUGUAAUAAGAAUGAAUGGAGACAAGUUCCGUCGCCUUGUUAAAGCCCCACCAAGAAACUACUCCGUUAUUGUCAUGUUCACUGCUCUCCAACUUCACAGACAGUGUGUUGUGUGCAAGCAAGCUGAUGAAGAAUUCCAGAUCCUGGCAAACUCCUGGCGAUACUCCAGUGCAUUUACCAAUAGGAUAUUUUUUGCUAUGGUGGAUUUUGAUGAAGGCUCUGAUGUAUUUCAGAUGCUCAACAUGAAUUCAGCUCCAACUUUCAUCAACUUUCCUGCAAAAGGGAAACCGAAGCGAGGUGAUACAUAUGAGUUGCAGGUGCGUGGUUUUUCAGCUGAACAGAUUGCCCGGUGGAUUGCUGACAGAACUGAUGUCAAUAUUAGAGUAAUUAGACCCCCAAAUUAUGCUGGUCCUCUUAUGUUGGGAUUGCUUUUGGCUGUUAUUGGUGGACUUGUGUAUCUUCGAAGAAGCAAUAUGGAAUUUCUUUUUAAUAAAACUGGUUGGGCUUUUGCAGCUUUGUGUUUUGUGCUUGCUAUGACAUCUGGUCAAAUGUGGAACCAUAUAAGAGGACCACCAUAUGCUCAUAAGAAUCCGCACACAGGACAUGUGAAUUACAUCCAUGGAAGCAGCCAAGCCCAGUUUGUAGCUGAAACACACAUUGUUCUUCUGUUUAAUGGUGGUGUUACCUUAGGGAUGGUGCUGUUAUGUGAAGCUGCUACAUCUGACAUGGAUAUUGGAAAGCGAAAAAUAAUGUGUGUGGCUGGUAUUGCGCUUGUUGUAUUAUUCUUCAGUUGGAUGCUCUCUAUUUUCAGAUCUAAAUAUCAUGGAUAUCCAUAUAGCUUUCUGAUGAGUUAAAAAGGAUCCCAGAGAUAUAUAGACACUGGAGUAAUGGAAAUUGAAAAAUGAAAAAUAUGUGUGUGUGUUUGAAAAGAAGAAUGAAAUUUGUGUAUUUUGUAUUACCUCUUUUUUUCAAGUGAUUUAAAUAGUUAAUCAUUUAACCAAAGAUUUGUAGUGCCUUAACAAGCAAUUUCUUGUCAAAAUCAUGAAGUAUUUGGAUACAGUUCUCCUUUUAACCUUCCCUCCCUGAUGAACUGUAUGUAUAACAUUUAAUUUAAUAGUAUUAAGUACAUUAUAAAAAUUUUAUAACUACAUUUGAAUUAGAACAAGGUUCAGAACUGCUUUA